AAAGUCAGAACAUAAACACGAGAUUGACAUGAUGGCUGGUUGUUAGAGGAAUGGGGUGUUUACAUUUCGUAGCUCAGUUGGGUUGUUACCAUGGCGUUAAACGAGUGCAACAAAGAUAUUUCUGACUAGAUGGUACUGACUGCUUAAUAUUCGAUAAUUACAUCUACUUCACAGUUACUGGUAGUAUUUAGCAAAGGGAACCGGGUUGGUGGCGAUAGUUUCUUACGGUACGGCGGGAAAUCUAUUUUCGUUUAGGAACUACGCGAUCAGCUCUAGCUGUGAGACCUCGCGGUAAGCGUAACAAAAGAAUGCGGGAAUGUAAACAGAAGGCGGAACGAUCGAGCGAGCUAGAUCAUGGGUGCGUUCCACUAAACGAUCGCAACGCUCACGCCCGCGACCGCGAUCGUUCCUAUUCCACUAGCUUGCAAAUGUUGCAGUCGGGGACUCAGGUGGAACGCAAUGUGGAACGAUCUAUGGUUGCUAUGAAAACGCUGCUUCUUGUAUGCAGCGCUGGCGCCUAUCAAUUUAACUUUGUAUAUUUGAAGUGAGAUUGAUACAAAAUGAAUUGAAUUAAUUUUGAUAUCAAAUAAUCAAAUGAAUUUUAAAAAGGCAGUUUUUUUAGUAAUGAUGCGUCGUCGUAAUAACCGGCGUAACGAUACCUCAUCUAGCUGUGAUGAAGAUUGGAAAGUAGACCUACAAAGAAGAAGAAAACGAAAGUGUUGUCCGCGUAUUAAUAAUUACAUUGAGAUCAUUAGCCGAUAUUCUGACAAUGAAUUCAAAAGUUAUUUCAGAAUGUGUAGAGAUACAUUUGAUUUUCUACAUGAUAUUUUGGCUGAAGAUUUGAUGAGGCGUGCACCUGGGUGCCUAACAAUUCCAUCUCGCCACCAGUUAAUGAUAGCUCUUUGGAAGAUAGCGACAAUGGACUCUUAUGGAUCAGUUUGUAAUAGAUUCAAUGUUGGAAGAGCUACAGCUGUUAGAGCUGUACGAAGAGUCACUCAUGCUUUGUUUGAAAGGGCUCCAAACUUCAUCCAAUGGCCUUUGGGAAAUCGCGCUAUUGAUGUGAUCCGAGGAUUUGAAGUGAGUAGUGGGUUUCCAAAAACUAUCGGAGCUAUCGAUGGUACAUAUAUUAGUAUUGAUGCACCAAAGGUAAUCCCUGCAGAUUAUGUUAAUCGAAAAGGAUACCACUCUGUUCAACUACAGUUGGUGUGUGAUCACAGAUCUUUACUUACACAUUGCUAUGUUGGUCAUCCCGGUUCAGUUCAUGAUCGAAGAGUAUUCAGAUUAUCUGAAGUUAGCAACUAUUUGUAUGAAAAUGAGAACUUUCCAGAGAAUAGUCAUAUUUUAGGUGAUGCAGCGUACGAGCUGCAUCAACACUUACUUACACCUUUCUGUGAUAAUGGUCAUUUAACGGAGAGACAAAAGAGAUAUAACCAUUAUCAUUCAAUGGCUCGAGUAAUGGUGGAAAGAUGCAUCGGUUUGUUGAAAGGACGUAUGAGAAGCCUGCUACAUUGCUUACCAAUGACAAGAAUCGAUUUGAUGGCUGAGUAUAUCGUAGCGUGUUGCGUGAUUCAUAAUAUUUGCAUAUUAAGAGGAGAUGAAAUCGUUGAGGUCGCAAUAGCAGCAGCUCCAGUGGAGAAUAUUGAAAAUAAUAAUAUUCACCACCAAGUAAUACGAAAUGCUGGGGUAUUGAAAAGAAACGUUAUUGUGAAUAAUUUACAGUAGUCAAGCUGUUUCAAUAUAAAAGCAAUUUGUUUAUUUUACUUGCACAGCCAUAGUUCAUAUCGUAGCAGUCUUAGGUAAGUAUUGCGAAUCUUACAGUUAAUUGUAUAAAGUACGUUUCAAGAAGUAGGAACAAGUUUUAUGAAAUAAUAAUAAACUUUUCAAAUGAAGUACAUAAAUAUGAAAAUUGAUUGUAACUUAAAAAUAAAACAUUAGUAAAACAA